GUACUCUGCUUCCCCUUAACUAAUUGAUUAGUUCUUUUCCUGAAGAUCAGUCUUGUCUCAUAAUGUUUCAAAAGGAAAGUUGAAAAGUAGUGUCCAAAUUCAACUUCUCCAGUCUCCACAAAUCCCACAUGCAUAUAAUAAGCAGUGAAAAUCCACUAGGUGCAUCAGUAACUCUUAUAGUCUUCAGAUAAAAGAUUGAAAAGAACCAGAUAGGUUUACUCUGCUCUCUGUGUUUUGCUGCAACAACUUUCUUUCGUCCAAAAAUUUCAACAUGAGUCAUCGCCAUUUUUUCUUCUUUCCUCUGAUGGCUCAUGGCCACAUGAUUCCUACGCUUGAUAUGGCCAAGCUCGUCGCUUCUCGUGGUGUUAAGGCCACCAUAAUCACCACACCUCUCAAUGAAUCAGUUUUCUCCAACUCUAUUCAAAGAAGCAAGCAAGUGGGAAUUGAAAUUGACAUCCGUUUGAUCAAAUUUCAAGCUGUUGAGAACGGCUUGCCUGAAGGAUGUGAGCGCCUUGAUCUCAUCCCUUCCGAUGACUUGCUAAAUAACUUCUCCACGGCUACAACUAUGAUGCAAGAACCAUUUGAGCAGCUUCUUCAAGAAUGCCGCCCCAAUUGUCUUGUUUCUGAUAUGUUCCUUCCUUGGACUGCUGACAGUGCAGACAAAUUUAACAUUCCAAGAUUGGUUUUUCAUGGCACAAGCUACUUUGCACUUUGUGUCGCUGAUAGCAUCAGGCAUUAUACGCCUUUCAAGAAUGUCUCCUCUGAUUCCGAAACUUUUGCUGUACCGAAUUUGCCUAACCAGAUCAAGCUGACUAGAACACAGUUAUCCCCAUUUGAUCGAAUCGAGGAAGAGGAAAGUAUGUCCCCAGUGAUAAAAGCACUCAGAGAUUCUGGCUUGAAGGGCCACGGAAUUGUCUUCAACAGCUUCUAUGAGCUUGAACCAGAUUAUGCUGAACAUUACACCAAGGUUCUGGGUAGAAAAACAUGGGCUAUUGGCCCACUUUCUCUGUGCAACAGGGACAGUGAUGAUAAAGCUGAAAGAGGGAAGAAAUCCUCUAUUGACAAACACGAGUGCAUGAAAUGGCUUGAUUCGAAAAAAUCAAGUUCCGUUGUUUACAUUUGUUUCGGAAGCGUAGCAAUUUUCACUGCAACACAAAUGCGUGAACUAGCUAUGGGAAUUGAAGCUUCUGGACAAGAAUUCAUUUGGGUUGUUAGAAUAGAACUAGACAACGAAGAUUGGUUGCCCGAAGGAUUCGAGGAAAGAAUAAAAGAAAAAGGUUUAAUCAUAAGAGGAUGGGCACCCCAAUUGUUAAUUCUUGAUCACAAAGCUGUGGGAGCUUUUGUUACGCAUUGCGGAUGGAAUUCAACGCUGGAAGGAAUAUCGGCAGGGGUGCCAGUGGUGACAUGGCCUGUGUUUGGGGAGCAAUUCUUCAAUGAAAAGUUAGUGACUGAGGUUUUGAGAACUGGGGUUGGUGUUGGUUCGGUUCAAUGGAAGAGAAUAGCUAGCGAGGGAGUGAAAAGAGAAGCAAUAUCUAAGGCAAUAAAACAGGUCAUGGAAAGUGAAGAAGCAGAGGGAUUCAGAAACAGAGCCGAAGAGUACAAGGAGAUGGCUAGGCAGGCAGUUGAAGAAGGAGGAUCAUCUUACUCUGGAUUAACUAGUUUGCUACAAGACAUAAGUACAUAUAGUUCGACAAGUAAUUAAGAAACGAUUUGUUCCUAAUCACUCCACUAGUACAAGUCCAAAUAGAUAUGACCACCAAUCAAGAGCCAAAAAAGAAAAUAUGCAUAGGAUGUAUAUCAUCUUUGUAAUUUUUGGUGCACUCUUUCUAUAUGCUUAUUUAAUCGUUAUCGUUUCCCUUCAUUUAA